UGUUUUUCUCUUCCAAGAUUUUUCUUUGUUUUUUCCUUUUUAUCAACUUCAAUAAUAAUUACAAAAUUACCUAAAUAAAAACAGUAUUCACAGUUGCGGCACUACUCUAAACUUUACUCUGCCGAGUUUAAGCCAAAAAAAUUUAAUUUAAUUUAAAGUAAUACCUAAACAUACAAGACUCCAAAAUCAAAAACCCAUUCCAACUCUAUAGUUUAGCUGCCACUUACCUGCCCAAUGCUUCAUCGGAGCAUUUCCAAUUUCUUACUCUGCUGACUCCUCCUCCCUCAGGUUCUGGAGCUAAGCUUUUUUUUUUUUUAGAAUUUAGGCAUUUCUGCAGCACAGUUUUGGUGUUUUUAAGAUGGCAGCUUGUGUGUCCCCGUAUUGUACGCCUUCCGAUACUCGAAACCCCAUCGGGAUGUUGAGUGUUCUCGGAGGGAGAGUGUCCGUGGAGAAUCACCUAGGAUUAGCAAGAGUUGCCUCUCUUAGAAUGUAUGAUGAUAAGAACAGGUUUUUGGGUGCCACCCAGAAGGCAAAUUUCUCUCAUUUUGAAUGUUCGGCUCAGUCUCAUAGUGUUAGUCCUUAUCCCAACAAGGACCCUUUUCUCGAUCUGCAUCCUGAAAUUUCGAUGCUUAGAGGUGAAGGGAACAACUCAGUGGCUACCCCAAGGAAGGAUACUUCGAGCGGAACUGUUACUGACACCUUAGGGCAUGAUUCUAGUCCGAGUAAUUAUAAUGAAGCUAAGAUUAAAGUUAUUGGUGUUGGAGGGGGUGGGUCUAAUGCAGUCAAUCGUAUGAUAGAGAGUGCAAUGAGGGGUGUGGAGUUUUGGAUUGUCAACACAGAUGUCCAAGCUAUGAAAAUGUCCCCUGUAUUUCCUGAAAAUCGUCUGCAAAUCGGUCAGGAGCUGACUAGAGGUCUUGGAGCUGGAGGUAACCCGGAGAUUGGAAUGAAUGCUGCCAAAGAAAGCAAGGAAGCAAUAGAAGAGGCACUUUUUGGAUCUGAUAUGGUCUUUGUCACAGCUGGAAUGGGUGGGGGAACUGGCACCGGUGGAGCUCCUAUCAUUGCAAAUGUUGCAAAGGCAAUGGGUAUAUUGACAGUUGGUAUAGUCACAACGCCUUUUUCGUUUGAGGGUCGGAGGAGAGCAGUUCAGGCCCAGGAAGGAAUUGCAGCUUUAAGAGAUAGCGUUGACACACUGAUUGUCAUUCCUAACGACAAGUUAUUGACUGCUGUUUCCCAAUCUACCCCAGUAACAGAAGCAUUUAACCUGGCUGAUGAUAUUCUGAGACAGGGGGUCCGUGGUAUCUCUGAUAUUAUUACAAUUCCAGGAUUGGUGAAUGUGGAUUUUGCUGAUGUGCGAGCUAUAAUGGCAAAUGCAGGAUCUUCGUUAAUGGGGAUAGGAACUGCAACCGGGAAAACAAGGGCAAGAGACGCUGCAUUAAAUGCAAUUCAGUCACCUCUAUUAGAUAUUGGCAUAGAGAGGGCAACUGGAAUAGUAUGGAACAUAACUGGUGGAAGUGAUUUGACUUUAUUUGAGGUAAAUGCUGCAGCAGAGGUUAUUUAUGACCUUGUAGAUCCAACUGCGAAUUUAAUAUUUGGAGCAGUAAUUGAUCCCUCAUUAAGUGGUCAGGUCAGUAUAACUCUAAUUGCAACUGGAUUCAAACGGCAGGAAGAAAAUGAAGGCAGGCCCCUUCAGGCAGGUCAACUAUCGGCGGGAGAUGUAACCUUCGGAGUCAAUAGGCGACCCUCUUCUUUUACCGAAGGCGGUUCAGUGGAGAUUCCCGAGUUCCUCAAGAAGAAAGGCCGUUCUCGCUAUCCAAGAGCUUAAAUUAUAGUCUGCAUUUUUUUUCCUCCCAUCAUAUGAAUAUCUGCUUCAGUAAGUUGUCCAUUCUAAAGAUCUGACAUACAUCUAUUUAGGUAUUAGCUCUUCUACACAGCUCUUCUUGUCUUUUCUAGUGUUGAGGUACUGAGAGUGUAUGUUUUGUUCAGAAUAUAGAAAACAAAACCCUAAUAAGCUGUAGAUGUUUUGUUCCUUAAAUUGCUCACCAAAUGAAAAUACAUGCAAAUUCUUCCUUCUCAA